AUGGCAGACAAUCCAUAUGCUUAUGUCUCUGGCGGUGCGUUAAAAUUGAAAACAGACGGAUCAGGGAAAAUCUCAAAGCGCAAAGAGAAGAAAAGUAAGAAGAAAAAGAAGAAGCGUGAUCGAAGCGCCUCGCCGGAGCCGGGGAAGGGGCUCGAUAAACUCUCAGGCGCACCCAACUACAGAUUCGCCAAGCCAGUUGACAACAGAGAGCCGUGGAAUCCAGGCGAUGUUCCUGGCUCAACAAGAACAGAGGUGCCAGUAGUGGAACCAGAUGAAUACCGCCCUAUGCUCACGUCAACCGAGCGAAAAUUCCUCGAAAAACAACGCGAACGAGAAAUGGAUCGUAUUCUAAAAAAGGCUGGCAAAAGCCACAAAGAAAAAGUUGAAGACUACAACCGAAAACUCGCCGACAUCGCUGAACUGCACUUUGAUAUUCCCAAAAUUUCGUGGACAAAAUAA